AUGCCUUUGGACACGAUAUAUCUGACUCGUCAUGGGCACCGCCUCAGCUGGACCAUUGACUUUCGCACGGGCACAUACAAGGCCCAAUUCCCCACGCCGACAGGAAACCCAGCAGACCCUGCACUGACUUCGCACGGCGUUGAUCAGUCGUACGAGCUAGCGGAACACAUUGCUGGUCCCCAGUUCCAUCCGAAACCAUUCCGUGUCUACUCGAGUCCCUUCUACCGUUGUCUUCAAACAAUCCAGCCGUCUGUUGAAGAGCUCAAGAGAAUCUCUGCUGAAUCUGGUAGUCAGAGUGGUCUGAUUGGGUCAAUUGAUCGGCAUGCGGAGCUGGAUGUACGAAUUGAGAAUGGGUUAGGAGAAUGGUUCGGCGCAACAGACUUCUUCGACCACCCAGCCCACCCAACCCUCCAAAUGAUGUCCACCCAUUUUCCAACCCUCCUUCCAGAGGCCAGCCAAACCUACAAACCCCUCCUCGUCCCCUCAAGACGUGGCGAAACAAUCACCCAGCUCCAUAACCGCCUAGCAACAGCCUUAAAAGGCAUAAUCGCUGACAUUGACGCGGAAGUCUCCGCCCUGGAAGCAGAGCUGCCACCAGACCAAAGAACCAGCAAGUCUGUCCUGAUCUGCGCGCAUGCAGCGCCGCUCAUUGCGAUGGGACGGGUUCUUACUGGCCAUAUGCCGGACGAUAGUUCCAAAGAGGACUUUAAUGUUUUCACGGCUGGUUUGAGCACUUUCAAGAGGAGGGGAGCUUCCUAUACGGCUAGUGCUGGACAUAGCGGUGACCAGCAAGAAAAUCCAAGUGAGCAGCCGCUUGCUGAGGGUACGAUGUUUAUUCGUGCGUCGGGGUCCACGCCGCAGUGGAGGAAUGGGCGCGGUGUUGGGGGUGGAUGGGAUUGUGUUGCGAAUGGAGAUUGUAGCUUUUUGAGUGGUGGUGCUGAACGUGGAUGGCACUUUGAUGGCGAAGAAUCCUUUAAUACGGGUCCUAUGGCUCCGCCUUCGGAGCUACCUGCGGAACCACCUGCAAAUGUAGGUGCCACGAAGCUGUGA